AUGCUACAACACAUUGUCCGCAAACUCUGCAAGGAGUUCGCCAUCAAGGACCUUGGUGCCCUUCGGUUCUUCCUCGGCGUCCAGGUGCGCCGUGAUGAUCGCGGGCUCUUCCUCACCCAGUCCCAGUACACGGAGGACGUCCUGGAACGAGCCGGCAUGAGCAACUGCAAACCUGCUGCUACACCUGUUGAUGUCAAGCAGAAGCUGUCGGCCCACGACGACGACUCAGCGAUGGACGCCACGUUCUACCGCAACAUCACUGGCGCCCUGCAGUACCUCACGUUGACGCGGUCAGACAUUGCCUACGCUGUCAAUCAGGCCUGCUUGUACAUGCAGCAACCGCGGGCAUCUCACUGGAACCUCGUCAAGCGCAUCCUUCGAUACCUUCGCGGCACUAUCACCGAUGACCUGCAAAUCUCGGCGUCAUCUGACACUGAGUUGAAGGCCUACUCCGAUGCAGACCGGGCAGAAUGCCAAGACACAAGGCGAUCAAUGUCAGGAUAUUGUGUCUUCCUCGGCGACUCCCUUGUCUCGUGGUCAUCCAAGCGACAGGCAACGGUUUCGCGAUCCAGCGCUGAAGCGGAGUACCGCGGUGUUGCCAAUGCUGCUGCUGAGUGCUGUUGGAUUCGCAACCUGCUUCAAGAACUUCAUGUCCCCAUCACAAAGGCGACGGUGAUAUACUGUGAUAACAUCUCAGCAGUCUAUCUCUCUGAGAAUCCAGUGCAUCAUCUAAGAACGAAGCAUGUUGAAAUUGACAUCCAUUUUGUCAGAGAAAGGGUUGCUCUUGGUCAGUUCAGAGUGCUGCACAUACCCACUCAGCGUCAAAUUGCAGACAUCAUGACCAAAGGGCUGCCGACAGCGCUGUUCCAAGAGUUCCGAGCCAGCCUCUGCAUUCGACAAUCCAAUGCCAAGACUGAGGGGGUACAGCCGUACAGGAGGCCUGAAGAUGAUGUUGAAAUCGUGGUUCUGCUGUCCAGCUCCAGCAGCGGUCGUAGUAAAAAAAAAACUGCAGCCAUAUACAACCGUAUACCGGUGGCUGUCCCCACUAUGCUCACAGGAUUCAGGCUGCCGUCGGAGAAGAUCGGGCUCCGCGCGUGGCGCCGGAGAAGGAGGAGAUCCACGCCGCCCGCGCUAGAGGAGAACCACGCCGCCAGCACCCUGCGCUGGAUCCACCGCUGCCACCAUCGUUGCUAG